ACACUCGAGUCUUCACCAGAACGCAGAGAAGAAAAAACACCCACAAGUCGCUGUGUUUGCUGUGAGCUGGACGCUUACGGUCCGUUUUUUGAGCUUUUGAUACCAUGGCAGUUUGGGGCCGGAGCCCGUUACUGGUGCUCAUUCCUCUGUGGAUGAGUUUUGGGACAGCUGCAGCUGGUCUGGAAGAGCCAGAGAUCUGUUACGUGCUGGAUGGCAUCCUGUUUCUGUACGGCAUCAUCCUGACAGCUCUCUACUGUAGAAUCAAGAUCAUCAAUGCUAAGCAGGCUGGAGCUGCGAAUGCAAAUGGCAAGCAGAAGGAUGAGAGCAUCUACACGGAUUUGACUCCUCAUGCCCAGGACACAUAUGAAACUAUUGGCAUGAAGAAGUGAACACAUGAGCAAAAGACAGAUGUUUUUUCUUUCAACACCUUCUUUUUUUGUAUUUAAAUAUUGCCCUGCUUACUUUUUAAGCAUAAGUGUGAAUUCGCUUUUAUAGAUUUUAUGGGAAGUUAAGAAGGAAGAAAAAUAGAGAAGUUGAGCCCAAGACGGGCAGUCUCAUAGAUGCUUCUCCUUGUUGUUGUUGUUGUAAGGUCUUGUAUUUCAGUUCCGCAUAUUUAAUGUUAUGCAUAACAUAUUUUAAAAACUGUGAUGCUUUAGACACAUUUUGUAUAGUUAAGCUCAUAAAAAAAGAAAAAAAAAUCAUGAUAAAUUGUGUGUAUAGACUGUGCAACUAACUUCCUCUUUUGUCUUUUUGGCAAAAAAGUAUUUUAGUUUUGUGCAAGAUGGUAGAGGGUAAAUAGAAUGAAAGCUGUGUUUAUGCUUUGGAGAUACUGAGAAAUAUUUCAUGGACACCACAGGAUGGCAGUGAUGAUGUCUUUAUGAGGUGCUUACCUGUCCCAAAACACACACACACACACACACACACACACACACACACACAGACACAGACACA